AUGGUUCCACUAGAACUACAGGUGAAGGUUCCACUAGAACUACUGGUGAAGGUUCCAGCAGAACUACAGGUGAAGGUCCCAGCAGAACUACAGGUGAAGGUUCCAGCAGAACUACAGGUGAAGGUUCCAGCAGAACUACAGCCCUCCAUGGCCCCCAACCCUCCCUUUAGCCCUCCAAGGCCCCCAAACCUCCCUGCUGCCCUCCAAGGCCCCCAACCCUCCCUGCUGCCCUCCAAGGCCCCCAACCCUCCCUGCAGCCCUCCAAGGCCACCAACCCUCCCUGCAGCCCUCCAAGGCCCCCAACCCUCCCUGCUGCCCUCCAAGGCCCCCAACCAUCUCUGCAGCCCUCCAAGGCCCCCAACCCUCCCUGCUGCCCUCCAAGGCCCCCAACCCUCCCUGCAGCCCUCCAAGGCCCCCAACCCUCCCUGCUGCCCUCCAAGGCCCCCAACCCUCCCUGCUGCCCUCCAAGGCCCACAACCCUCGCUGCUGCCCUCCAAGGCCCCCAACCCUCCCUGCAGCCCUCCAAGGCCCACAACCCUCUCUGCUGCCCUCCAAGGCCCCCAAACCUCCCUGCAGCCCUCCAAGGCACCCAACCCUCCCUGCUGCCCUCCAAGGCCCCCAACCCUCCCUGCAGCCCACCAAGACCCCCAACCCUCCCUGCAGCCCUCCAAGGCCCCCAACCCUCCCUGCAGCCCUCCAAGGCCCCCAACCCUCCCUGCAGCCCUCCAAGGCCCCCAACCCUCCCUGCAGCCCUCCAAGGCCCACAACCCUCCCUGCUGCCCUACAAGGCCCCCAACCCUCCCUGCUGCCCUCCAAGGCCCCCAACCUUCCCCAAGGUCUCCAAGGCCCCCAACCCUCCAUGCAGCCAUCCAAGGCCCCCAACCCUCCCUGCUGCCCUCCAAGGCCCACAACCCUCCCUGCUGCCCUCCAAGGCCCCCAACCCUCCCUGCAGCCCUCCAAGGCCCCCAACUCUACCCGCUGCCCUCCAAGGCCCCCAAUCCUCCAUGCAGCCCUCCAAGGCCCCCAACCCUACCUGCUGCCCUCCAAGGCCCCCAUCCCUCCCUGCAGCCCUCCAAGGCCCCCAACCCUCCCCCAAGGUCUCCAAGGCCCCCAACCCUCCCUGCAGCCCUCCAAGGCCCCCAACCCUCCCUGCAGCCCUCCAAGGCCCCCAACCCUCCCUGCUGCCCUCCAAGGCCCCCGACUCUCCCUGCAGCCCUCCAAGGCCCCCAACCCUCCCUGCAGCCCUCCAAGGCCCCCAACUCUCCCUGCAGCCCUCCAAGGCCCCCAACCCUCCCUGCAGCCCUCCAAGGCCCCCAACCCUCCCCCAAGGUCUCCAAGGCCCUCAACCCUCCAUGCAGCCCUCCAAGGCCCCCAACCCUCCCUGCUGCCCUCCAAGGCCCCCAACUCUCCCUGCAGCCCUCCAAGGCCCCUAACCCUCCCUGCAGCCCUCCAAGGCCCCCAACUCUCCCUGCAGCCCUCCAAGGCCCCCAACCCUCCCUGCAGCCCUCCAAGGUCCUCAACUAG